CGUGUUCCUUUUGCUUACAGCCCCUGCUCUCAGUAAGGUCCUGCUACGUCAAUGGCCUCUGGAAGUCCACUGUCGCUCAGGACUAUCGGUUACAUUUUACUGCGCCUUGCAGACGGGUGAAGAGGAAGUCAAAGACUGCCUGUCUGAAUGGUACAUCCUCAGUCCAGGGGCUUCCAAGCCUUCGCUGGAAGUAAGUGAGACAGCACAAUAUACAGAUCGCGUACGUCUUACAGAUCUGGGUAAUUACUCCAUCCUGAGCCUUACAGACCUCCAUGUGAACGACAGCAACACCUUCUUCUGCCAGAUGACGUGCACAAAUGAACGCCACAACAUCCGCACAGGCCACUGGGGAAGUGGAAGUGUUCUGAACAUCACGGAGCCGCCUGAAAGCAGCAGAGCCCCUGCUCUCAGUAAGGUCCUGCUACGUCAAUGGCCUCUGGAAGUCCACUGUCGCUCAGGACUAUCGGUUACAUUUUACUGCGCCUUGCAGACGGGUGAAGAGGAAGUCAAAGACUGCCUGUCUGAAUGGUACAUCCUCAGUCCAGGGGCUUCCAAGCCUUCGCUGGAAGUAAGUGAGACAGCACAAUAUACAGAUCGCGUACGUCUUACAGAUCUGGGUAAUUACUCCAUCCUGAGCCUUACAGACCUCCAUGUGAACGACAGCAACACCUUCUUCUGCCAGAUGACGUGCACAAAUGAACGCCACAACAUCCGCACAGGCCACUGGGGAAGUGGAAGUGUUCUGAACAUCACGGAGCCGCCUGAAAGCAGCAGAGUGGUGUGGUGGGUGUACUCGCUGUUUGCCGUGAAUGGGCUCGUGCUGCUUGGGGUCAUCGCGCUCUGCCCUGCCGUCCUGCGGAGGACACCGUGGUGCCGACGCCAACAACCCGCGCUCUACGCCAAGCCCUUGAAGACAAGAGCCAGAUGACAUGGGCCAAGUAAACAAACAAGGAUCAUGCUAGGGGACAUCUUCAAUUACAAUUACAAUACAGCCUCUGCCACAGAGCUGCCCUCCACCAGCCCACUUCCCCACACGACCAGACGCUCUGUGUGCUCCUGUCUGCUGUUUCUGCUGGCCUGCCUUCACUGUCAUUGAGCAGACACUCAGAGCCUUGCAGAACCAACCCCCCCCCCCAUCCACCGAUGUCCUGUUUUGAUGGGUGAGAAAAUGAUGUGCUGUGUACCUGUUGUUCUUAAAGUGAAUAUGUUUAACCAUAGCUUGAAGGCUGAAACUGAACACAUGUAUGAGUGAAAGACAUAUAAUUGUCAGUAAAAACUACAAAGAACAAUCAGACACCUCAUGACUCAGUAACUUAGUGGAACUGCUGUUGGCAGUAAUUACAGCAGUGAGUCUCUACAAGCUGUGCACACCAGGAUGGAGCAAUUUCACUCGUUAUCCUUGGCAAAUAAACUCACGUUCUGCCUAGUCGGUACGGGAUCCUCAGUGGGCAGCAGUUACAAGCCCUGCUGCAGUGUCUGUCAGAUUCAUGUCAGGACUGUGACUGAGCUGCUAACUGCAGUAAGGACUCAUGUCAAAAUGGAGCUACGCCAGACUAAUACAGGGGAGGCUUUUUUCGGAAAGAGGUUGCUUUCUUCAGACGGAGAAAUGGCCAGGGCUAGUUAUUAAUUACACAUUGCGUGAUACAUAGCAAAACCUGCUGGACACUGUAAAGGUAAGGUGUGUCUUGUAAGAUCCCCACAUCAAAGUCAAAUAGGGAAGAGGAACAGGACACUAUUUGAAGAGCUAGGAGCUUAAAUGCUUUUAUUUAGCAACAACAAAGGGAAAGUAAAAUAAUGCAACGUUAAAUUGGCACAAAUGCGGUCCACAGUGUUGGGUAUAGAGGUUUCUGUCCUUGACUCUCCCGGGCUAUGACCCCAGUGCCAUGCUGGAGUUACUCGCUGUUCACCCUCCACAAUAGGAUGGAUAGACGAAUUAAAAAAGCUUAAAGAAAAUGUUUGUGAUGCACAAUGUAUACAACAUGCGAUCCUCCCAUCUGACUACAUUGAUACCAACAGCAUCUUCCGUUCUCUACAGAUUCUGCUCAUUAUCAAUUAAAAUUUUAAAUACUUAAGGGUUGCAGCAUAACAAUGGAUUGAGUGGGCUAGAUGAUGAA